AUGGCAAACACCGGCAGCGUCGGAAGUCCUUUACAUGGGGGGGCUCUUGGCGCCGUCUCCGCUGGAGCACGCAGCGGCGCGAACAGUCCCUCGGCCGCGGGCGGGUCUCCUGGAGGCGGCGGGGGCAAUGGCGGAGGAACCAAGGGAGGAGGCCGAAGUGGUGCGGGCGCGAAGAUUAGAAGAAGCAUUCGCCUGGAGCUUAGUGAGGAGCAGAGGAGAGACAUCAAGGAGGCAUUUGACCUGUUCGACACAGAUGGCACUGGCAGCAUCGAUGCGAAGGAAUUGAAGGUUGCGCUACGAGCACUAGGGUUCGAACCCACAAAAGAGGAGAUGAAGAAGCUUCUGAACGAGAUCGAAAAGAAACGCCGCGGCCCAGACGUUGUCAAGAUGAUCUCGACAAACAACCCAGGGGCCGCCGCAGCGGCCGCGACUAUGCCCCACACAGCUGCGACUUCUCUGGGGCAGUUGGACUUCAACGAGUUUCAGGAGAUCCUUACCAUUAAAAUCAACGAGAAACCAACGCGUUUCCGCAUGUUAGCUGGCCCCUCGGGCGUCAUCGGUUGGAAGGAGAUGAAGAAAGCUGCAGUCGAACUGGGCGAGAAGCUUACAGAUGAAGAGCUGCGAGAAAUGGUGAACCAGGCGUCGCACUCGCACAAUAAGGGAUUCGUAACUGAGGAGGACUUUCUACGCAUCCUCAGAGCUUAA